UUUUCCAAUUAGUAAAUUACAAAAGUAGUGUAUUAAAUUUUGCUCUGAACCAUUUGGGUCCAUGUGGGUCAAUAUGACGUAUCGACAACCAACUUGAAGAUCAAGAAACGUAGCCGAUGCUCGUUGGCAAUUGCGAAGUACAAAUACCAAUCACCGGCCUGUGAUUGUCUUUUCCGUUGUGUUCGUCCUAAAACCCUCUAUUAGUCUUUCUCUCAGAACCCAUCUCUAGUAGAAACCCUAGCAUCCCUCUCACAAAAAGAGGAAAAGAAGGCUCUCUUUUCCUCUAUAGUUAUGGAGAUCGACUUCGCAGAGUAUCGAUUGAGCUGUGAACUUCGAGGUCACGAAGAUGAUGUUCGUGGUAUAUGCGUUUGUGACAAUGUCGGGAUUGCUACAUCGUCGAGAGACAGAACUGUUAGGUUUUGGUCACUAGAUCCAUCAAACAAUCGCGUCUAUACUUCUUCGAAAAUACUGUUGGGGCAUACCAGUUUCGUGGGACCACUGGCUUGGGUUCCUCCGAAUGAGGAGUUUCCAGGUGGAGGAAUUGUGUCCGGUGGAAUGGACACUCUUGUUAUAGUUUGGGACUUGACAAGUGGAGAGAAGGUGCAGACACUGAAGGGUCAUCAGUUGCAAGUCACCGGCAUUGUGUUAGAUGGCUCAGACAUCGUGUCAUCGUCCGUUGAUUGUACAUUAAGACGGUGGAAGAAAACUCAAACUAUUGAUGCUUGGGAGGCUCAUAAGGCAGCAAUUCAGGCAGUUAUAAAGUUGCCUUCAGGCGAGCUUGUAACAGGUUCAAGUGACACAACAUUAAAGCUUUGGAGAGGAAGGACAUGUGCACACACUUUUGUCGGACAUACUGAUACGGUUCGAGGCUUGGCUGUGAUGCCUGGUUUGGGAAUUCUUUCUGCAUCACAUGACGGUUCUAUCAGGUUAUGGGCAAUUAGUGGAGAAGUUUUAAUGGAGAUGGUUGGUCACACUUCUAUUGUCUAUUCUGUUGAUUCACAUGCUUCUGGGCUUAUUGUCAGUGGAAGUGAGGAUUGUUUUGCAAAGAUAUGGAAAGAUGGAGUUUGUGUUCAGAGCAUAGAGCAUCCUGGUUGUGUUUGGGAUACCAAAUUUUUGGAUAAUGGUGAUCUUGUGACAGCAUGUUCUGAUGGAGUUGUGCGUAUUUGGACAGUACAUCAGGAUAGGGUAGCUGACUUGCUGGACCUCGAGUCAUAUUCUUCUCAACUUUCUCAGUACAAGGGCAGCAGGAAGAGAGUUGGAGGAUUGAAAUUGGAAGAAUUACCAGGGCUAGAUGCUUUACAGAUUCCAGGAACCAGUGAUGGCCAGACAAAAGUUGUUAGAGAAGGGGACAAUGGUGUGGCAUAUGCAUGGAAUCUGGGGGAACAAAAGUGGGAUAAAAUUGGCGAAGUUGUUGAUGGACCUGAUGAUGGCAUGAAGCGUCCUGUUCUUGAUGGAAUCCAAUAUGAUUAUGUCUUUGAUGUUGAUAUUGGAGAUGGUGAGCCCAUUCGUAAAUUGCCCUACAAUCGAUCGGAUAAUCCAUAUACUACUGCUGACAACUGGCUUCUCAAGGAAAAUCUUCCUCUUUCCUACCGUGAACAAAUUGUUCAGUUCAUACUCCAAAAUUCUGGACAAAGGGAUACCACUUUUGAUUCAUCAUUUCGUGAUCCCUUCACUGGUUCUAGUGCUUACAUACCUGGAGAACCUUCCAACAAGUAUGCUGUCUCGGCGAAACCUACUUAUAAGCAUAUUCCUAAGAAAGGAAUGCUUGUUUUUGAUGUGGCCCAGUUUGAUGGGAUUCUCAAAAAGAUUUCAGAGUUCAACAAUUCUCUGCUUUCUGACCCGGACAAAAAGAACAUGUCGCUGACUGAACUUGAGUUUUCAAGAUUGGAUGCUAUAGUUAAAAUUUUGAAGGAUACAUCACAUUAUCACCGCAGUAGAUUUUCGGAUGCUGACAUUGCUUUGUUGCUGAAAUUGCUGAAGUCAUGGACACUUGCAACGAUAUUUCCAGUUAUAGAUAUCCUGAGGAUGAUUGUCCUGCACCCAGAUGGGGCGACUUUACUUCUCAAACAUAUUAAUGAUGAAAAUGCAGAUAUACUCAUGGAGAUGAUUAAGAUGGUUACAACAAGUCCUCCACUUCCAGCAAAUAUUUUGACCAGCAUUCGUGCUGUGACUAAUCUCUUCAAGAAUUCAUGCUACUAUCAAUGGCUACAAAAGCAUCGUGAUGAGAUUAUUGAUGCAUUCUCAAGUUGUUAUUCAUCUUCAAAUAAGAAUGUGCAAGUGUCUUUUUCUACCUUGAUACUCAAUUAUGCUGUGCUUUUGAUUGAAAGUAAGGACCAGGAAGGCCAAUCCCAAGUUCUUUCAGUAGCUCUUGAGAUUGCAGAAGAGGAAAAUCUUGAAGUUGACGCAAAAUUCCGGGCUUUAGUUGCCAUUGGAUCACUGAUGCUUGAGGGUCUGGUGAGAAGAAUAGCGUUGGACUUUGAUGUUGAGAACAUUGCCAAGACAGCAAAGACUUCUAAAGACCCUAAGAUUGCUGAAGUCGGAGCUGACAUUGAACUAAUAACAAAGCAGAGCUGACAUUGUCACUCCCUGCUAACUAGACGAUGAGUAAUAUGAAGAUAUACAGCUGAGAUAAUCCAUUGAGAUUGUGUCCAUGGGAGCUUGUGGGAGAGCGCUCUAGAUGCCAAGUGUUUGCAAGAGUAAUUGAUACACUGAAAAGUACCCAUUGAUUGUGCUGCAACUUUGAUGUUACGAGGAAUUUGAAUUAUGCUCCCUCAAAAAAAAAAAAAAAAUAAAAAAAAAAAAAUAAA